CUACUUCACCAAUGCGAUUAUCACGGUUACUGCUCAACAUGGUCAUUCGGAUCAUUCACCGACCAUGAAUUUUCUUCGCCUUCCAUAUUUGAACGAACAUCACAAAGUGAAAUCAUUAUCAUUGCCACACUUAGCAGGCUAUGUGGCUGAUCAUGCGUUUAACAAACCUUGGCUCAGUUCUGGCUCAGUUCCGCUGAAAAACAACGUGGCGCAUUGGAUGGCUUCACAAAAACAAUGA